AAAGCUUUCGAUGAUUCCAUAUGCCGGGUACAUAGUCCACUUUGUCGUCGAGACGCCGGCGGCCAGGUUGCUUACUGGAACACUACGAGAUGGCGUCGUGAGGACGGGAAGCCGACGAGAGGAAUCAACAGCACGACGGCGUUAUGGAGACUUGACGACGGGAGGAAUCGAUGGAAUCGACGGCGUGAUGGCAAGGGGAAUUGACAUCGACGGCGAGAUGGCGACGUGACGACGGGACACCGACAGCGAGAUUGCAUACGGGAAGCCGACGCCGGGAUCGCAGACGUGGCUUUGAUGGAAACUGUUAUAGGGUUGGGAGGAGUACAAAAUUACGGAAAUGAAUUUUGAAAGUGAGG